AUGAUCUGUCAAACUGUACCUUAAAAACAAACAUUAUUUUCUGGCCAAAAAUCGUGAACUUUGGAAUUUUUGCUUUAAAUUAAUUUAAUAAGACAUCAAACGUUAUCAAAAUGCUACCCGAGGCGCUUUUGAAGCGCCUUGCCAAGCGCGGGAUCAUCCAGAAUGAUGGACAAGUUAGCCAACAACAACGAACUCAAUCCCGGCAGCAGCAACAUUCAGACUCAUCAUCCGGAAGCGACGAUGACGAAUCCAUGGAAGACCAUCGGGGCGAAACCGACAUGAACAAUGAGGAAAUUAUUGCCGAAGAUUAUGAUGAGGAAGAUCAACAGCUAGUGAAUCCGGAAGCGUUCGAAUAUCCUUUGCAGAAGAAAAAGAUUGCACCCGCCGUCGAUUGGACGGAGAAAAUCAAGCAGAAGAUGAUCAAGCGGUACGGGUUCCAAUCGGUGGAUGGGUGUCAGAAUAAAUACAACAUCUACCAUCACUGUUCCAUGUACUGCGUGAAGCGUUACGGUGAAGUGGAAUUCGAGAUCGAAAAAGAAUACGAGAAGAGGGUUAAGCGCUUGUUGGAACGUUAUCCGUUGCCGCGGCACUGGCGGAAGGAGUACGACAUCGGAUGUAAGGCAUUCUAUUUCUACAAUAAGGAAACACGAAUCGUUUCCUGGCUUCCACCUACACAUCCAGACGCGAAAAUGACUAAGAGCGCCAAAGUGCUUCGAAAAGAACUGAUGGAGAAUUCCAAGAGUCAGGAUAAUGUAAGCGACGGACCACCGAGAGCUGUCAUUGUAGAAAGCUACCCUCCGGUGCCGAAGCCGCCGAAUCUUCCAAAUCGUGAACUGAUGGUCGGACCUGUUGGGGAAAAUCUCAAGCCUCCCGUGGUGAAUCCCCCAAAACGUCCGUAUCCGAACCAAAAGUAUCCAACUUUCCGGGACGACGACAAGCGCCCGCGAAUGAUGGGAGGCCGUCCCGAUCGAGGCGAUCGGGACCGCGAACGGGAUCGUGACCGAGAGCGCGACCGGGACCGGGAUCGCGAUCGUGACCGCCGUGACAGGCGGGAAGAUCGUCGCGAUGACAGGCGCGAUCGUGACCGAGACAGGGACCGUGACCGUGGUGGCAGUGAUCGGCGUGGUGGAAAAUCGUCGGGAACGUUGGACCCGAUGGAUCCGGCUGCUUACUCGGAUAUACCGCGAGGAACCUGGGCUAGCGGUCUGGAGGCGGCAUCCGGUGCUAGUAAGAAAGAGAAGAAGGACGAUACUAAGCGAAAGGGACCAGCUGGCAAAAACGAUGACUCGGAGGAUGAGCAUGAGGUGCUAAAGGUGGCACCAAUACAGGAAUUUACCCAGGAAGAUGAUGAGAAGGAUGAGUAAGGUGAGUCGAAUAUGAAAUACAUUUAUGCCAUCUA